GCUUUUUGACACCAAGGGGGGGUGAAGCCUAUUCACUGUCACCCAUAGUGUCUUUCGAGGCUUCUGCAGUCACAUAUUGCACCCGACUACAACGCACACCACAACAGAUUCUCCAUCAUCAUGGCCGUCACCGACUUCCUCGCAGCCUCGGAUAUCGCUUUGGCCAUCAAUGCUUGUAAAGCAAAGGACUCAUUUAGCCCGAAUAUGUUCUUAAAAACGGUGGGUUUAUCCAAGAAAAAUCCAACAGAGAUCAAGAGAAUCUUCACGAUUUUGGACCAGGACAAAAGCGGCUUCAUAGAACAGGAUGAGUUACAACUGUUCCUGCAGAACUUCUCCAAAGGAGCGAGGCCCCUGACGGCGGCGGAGACCAGAGGCUUCCUCCUGCAGGGCGACUCCGAUGGAGACGGGAAGAUCGGCUUGGAAGAGUUUUCCGCGCUGGUCAAGUCCUCAUAAAUCAUACGUCACCCCUGUGAUUUGUGUCAUGGUGAUAAUCUCAGGGCGCUCUCUUUAUUUAAUAUUGUUAUCUUGAGUAAACAAUAAGGAGUCAUCCAGGGACUGUGUGUGUUGUAGUUGUAACGGAAAGUAAUGCGAUAAAGAAAUGAAAAUGAAUUAAAUGUUGCCUUUCUGCUAUGUGUCUUUCCCUGCCAGAAAUGUGAACAAAUAAAUAUAAUUUUUCUCUGUGAA